AUGCAACAUGAUUAUCAUGAACAAAGACCAACAAGAACAGAAGCAUUUCCAACUAUUCCGUCUACAUCAACAAAGAAACCCCGAAAGGCACCAAAACAAUACCAUCCUAGCCCUGAUACCUUUCUUCAAGGUAUUGGAGACUAUACGUUUAUUCGACAAGUAGGUCAGGGCAAAUUCAGUCGAGUCAUGCUUUCCUAUCAUAGCUUGACAAAGAAACAAGUGGCAAUCAAGAUUAUAGAUAAAAGACAACACGAUUACAGAGUCAUGUCAAGACUUGUUCGAGAAAUAUCACUCAUGGAAGUGCUUGAUCAUCCAAACAUUGUUCGAUUAUAUGAAACAUAUGAGACAACAGAAUCCAUGUACCUAGUAAUGGAAUAUGUGGAUGGAUUUAAUUUAGAUGAGUUUCUGCAACAACAAGGUGGUAGAUUAUCAGAAGAUCAAGCAAGAAUCAUUUUUCGACAAAUGGUAGCUGGCAUGGAUUAUUGCCAUUCUCGAUGGGUAGUUCAUCGAGAUUUAAAAACACCUAAUAUCUUGUUAACCAAAGACCUUCAAGUAAAAAUUGCUGAUUUUGGACUAGGCAAUCGAUACGGUAGAAGAAGGUUGAAAACGAUUUGUGGUUCUAUGCUUUAUUAUAGUCCUGAAAUUAUUAACGGACAAGGAUACACAGGGCCAGAAGUUGAUUGCUGGUGCCUAGGAGUAUCACUAUAUCGUAUGACAGUGGGUGCAGAACCCUUUGCUAAUGCAAAUACUGUGGGAGACUUGCGAAAAGAUGUAACAGCUGGCAAUUUUGUUGUUCCACCUCAACUAAGUGCAGAAUUGAGAAAAACUAUCAUAAAGUGCAUGUCGAUAGAUAAAAGUAAACGAACUCGUGUUCACUUAGCGUUAAAAGGUGAUCCCUGGCUUUUUGACAAUGGACAGUUACCCGAUAUAUUUAGCUAUGAAGAUGACCUCACUCGCCGCAAAAAAGAAAAAGAAAGAAUGAAAUACCAGCACAUCAAAGAUAUGGAAGAGGAGAAACGACACAAGAAAUUCAUCAGACGCACGAUUGUGUGUCAUCCUAAAAACCCCUCUAUUUACUUUACAAGU